AUGGCGUGGACGAACUUCAUCAUCACCGCCACGGGCCUGAUCGCCGUCGCGUCGCUGAUGCGCACGGACGUGCGACAAUCGUCACGAAUGUUGAGACAGAAUUUAAAAACCAUUCGACGCUGGGUCGAGGACGGCGCCGAGGCGACGGCGAAGACGAGCGAAAAAACCCUCGGGGACACCGCGGUCGGGAAAGCGAUGAAAGAGAUGCGCGACGAGGCGAUGAAGAAGAAGGAUUGA